AUGGCGAGUUCUGACGAUGAAGAAGAUUUGGUAGUAGUUGUAACAGCAGCCACAACAACACUAAUUGCUGUUUAUUACCAAUAUUUUUUGGAGAAAACAAUAUGCCAUGAUUCAAUUCUUAGUGGUGCAGCUCAUGUAGAUGAAGUCUUAAAUGGUCAUGAUGCACGAUGUCAGGAUAGUUUUCGUAUGGAAAAACAUGUUUUCUUAAGAUUAUGUGAUAUGUUGAAAGAAAAGGAGUUACUUCGUCAUAGUAAUGGAGUUCGUGUUGAAGAAAAAGUAGCAAUUUUUAUGCUUGCUGUUGGACAUAAUGAACGUAACAGGAUACUUCAAGAGCGUUUUCAGCAUUCAGGUGAGACAAUUAGUAGACAUUUUAAUGCAGUCUUGGAUGCUAUUGUUGCAUUGGCAGAUGAUUUUCUUGUACCAGCAGGGCCUGAUACCCCCACUGAAAUCUUAGAAAACCCAAGAUUUUAUCCAUACUUCAAGGAUUGUAUAGGAGCCAUUGAUGGAACACAAAUACCAGCAAUGGUUGGUCUCGACGAACAAGUCCCUUUUUGGUGCAGAAAAGGGUUCAUUUCGCAAAAUGUUUUAGUAGCUUGUUCCUUUGACUUACAGUUUCAGUAUGUUCUAGCUGGUUGUUCAGUGGUCUUCCGAGACCCACUUAAUCUCAUCUGUGAAUCCAUUUUAUUGAUACUCACGGGUGGCUCUCAGUUCAGUGGUCUUCCAAAUGGGAAAAUUGUACAAUGUAAAUUUUAUCUCGGUGAUGCAGGAUUCGCCAAUAUGCCGCAGUUUAUUACUCCAUAUCGUGGUGUCCGUUAUCACUUGAAGGAAUUUGGUGGAAAUCGUCCAAAAUGUGCAAAGGAAUUAUUCAAUCUCCGACAUGCAUCGUUACAGAAUGCAAUUGAACGUGCUAUCGGUAUACUUAAAAGACGCUUCACUAUUUUGCAACUGCAGCCUCAAUAUCCAUUCGAAUCACAAGUGAAAAUUGUACUUGCAUGUUGCAUCCUUCAUAACCACAUCCGCAGAGAGUGCAUUAAUGACUUGAUUUUCGAUGAUGAGAACUUACAAAACCUACUAGAAACCGAUACAAGAAUGCAACAAGACAGUGAAUGUCCUACACUUGGGAGAAAUAGACAACGAGAAGUAGCUUCAGAACUUCGAACUUCAAUCGCAGAUGCAAUGUGGAAUGAUUAUCAGCGUCGCUGCCGCGGCUAA